AUGCCCGGCAAUCCCAACUCCAGUUCGGAUGUCGAGAACAUGUGCCUCCCGGCACUGCAGAAGGGAGACCAAGCGACUCGUUUAGGCGGCAAACGUAUCUAUCCACGUGCACUUGAUGGUCAAGGAGCAGAUUGCGGGCUGGACAACGAUGCGUAUGCAUGGCAGUUCCAUGCCGCAGCUGGAUCCCACACCACGACGCAGAGCAAAGCAUCCCUGCGAGUUUAUUCUGCAGAAGCUCACGACAAGUUGUACGAAGGCUUGGCUGGGCGGCCUCAUUUGACGGGGCCUCCACGACCCUACGAUACCCCUCGCCGCCGCUUCCCCGGGGCCAAUGUCUCACAAGUGGAUGGGCUUCUUCGAGAUGACCGCACGCCCUUGGCCUCCGAGCAUCCCUCGCAGUACGGAGAGCUCUUCAAUGGAGCUGCUGGAGUUCAUGGCCACUGGUUGCUGAAGCCAAAGUCUGAAGACCUGCAGCAGAGCGGGGGCUGUGGUGGAGCUGGGCCGUCUCAGGUGGACGAGAUAGUGCUUGGACACGACAUCGACGGCUCCACGAGUUCGGCCUUGAAGCAACUCUUGAACGGAAUGGAUGGAGCGGCCGGUUGCAAAAGCAUUGGUGUGGCUCCAAAGCUCGAGGGCAAGCGAUCUGUUCCGGGUGGAGGAGACUCGCAAGUGGACGAGCUGAUAUGGGGCUCUGACGUCGAUGGCUCCUCGGAUCCAGCGCUUCUGAAGGCCAAGGACCAGCUCUUCCAGGGCAGAGCAGGAGGAAAGAUGCCACUCACAAGCCGAGGUAGGCGGCACGUGCAAGCGGAGCCAAAUGGACGCACGCCGAAGUCGGAGGGUCGUCGCCAUCAUGCAGGACCUGCAGAUCGGGUGGCCGUUUUGCUGGGCAAACCAGACAGUCUGGAGAGCUCAACUUCGUACGAAACGCCACGACCGCGAAAUGGCCGUCGUCACAUCCCUGUUGGGGGAGCGUCGCGGGUGGACGACGUGGUCCUGGGCAAAGAUAUCGACGGCUCAGCGCAGCAAUUCGCGAGGCUUGCGGAGGGAGCGGCAGGCGCUGCAGGGCGCCGUCGUGUCGGUGAGGAGCAUCGCAGGGAAGGUCGGAGACACAUCGAUGGGGGAGCGUCGCGGGUGGACGACGUGGUCCUGGGCAAAGAUAUCGACGGCGCUUCUCGGAUGUCAGAGCACUCGGUCUAUGUUAGGUUUUCCUGGGCAGGCUCAGCGCAGCAAUUCGCGAGGCUUGCGGAGGGAGCGGCAGGCACAGGGUGGCAUGAAGCACGGACGUUUUCGCCUGCUCACUCCCGGAUCGUCUGUGUAACAAUCACAAGAUGCAGUGCAGGCGCUGCAGGGCGCCGUUGCGUCGGGGCCCUGACACAUGGAUGCUGCAGCCAUGCCAUUUCUUUACCUGGUUCAUAG